AUGGAUCCGGACCUCAUCACCCGCUCGAAGAUCUGGUUUGACGACGGCAGUGUCGUUAUACAAGCUGAGCAAACGCAAUUUCGUGUUCAUCGAAGCAUGCUUUCGCGCCAUUCGAGCGUCUUUCGAGAUAUGUUUUCCGUUCCCCAACCACCAGGAGAUCAGGAACCGGUCAUUGAAGGAUGUUCUAUCGUUCAUGUUUCAGAAUCUUCUCUGGAUUGGAAGAAUCUCCUAACGUUGAUGUAUGACAACCUUAGAGCGUAUCGGUCAGAUGAUCCAAUGCCCAUUUCCCUGAUAGCAGUCAUGCUCCGUCUUGGGAAGAAGUAUGACAUGGAGCACUUCUUGAAGGAGGCGGUCGCUCGUUUACAAUAUGAAUUUCCCAGGAAUCUAUCCGACUGGGACUCGAUAUGUGACCAACCAUUUCUCAAGAUCGCGCCAUCGGGUGACUUGGUGCUGCUGGAUAUCACCAUUCUGGCUCGGGAAGCCAGAAUUCAAUCUAUCUUGCCCUUGGCAUAUUUUCUUUUUUGUCGAGGUGAAGAACAAAUGAAACAAGUAUUUUUGAUAUACGACACUGAAUAUGGAACCAAGGCCAUUGCUCCACCGGAUCUACAGAAAAUUUUAGUUCUUGGACGGGAGGGAAUGCUUCGAGGCAUCAUGGACAACACCUAUGGAUGGCUGGCGGAUGACAAAUGUAUUCCACACACCUCUUGCAAGAGACCCACACUUUGCGCUGCAGCACGACUAAAGCUACUCUUAAAAGUUUGCAUUCCAAUUCCUGACGUAGAGAUUGCGUUGGAUCAGUGGAAUAAAGCGGAGCAUGCGACCGACCUCUGCGAUACAUGCGCGAAGCAGGCUGAAAUACGCUAUAGAAUCGGUCGGCAAGAAUUUUGGUCGGAGCUGCCCUCCUACUUCGACCUUGAUAAUUGGGAACAUCUCACCGAUUCUCCGACCUGA